AUGCAGCGAACCGAGGGACUUGGCCUUGCGCCCCCUCAUAAUAUAUAUCCUAUGAUGGACGGUGGCCAAACGACUCCGACCACACAUGAUCAUGAAUUCCUAUCAGCUACGUCCCAUCCGGGCAUGACAGAUUCGCCCAUGGCUCAGCCGCCGAGCAUGUACACACACAUAUCUCAGGGUGAUAAAAUCAUGACACCGUCACCCCAUCCUGCUCAGCCCUCUCCGGAUACACCUCUGGGCAAGCCGUUGGAGCGGCCAUUCGGCACGCCCAUAGAACUGUACGACCAGGGUAACCGUCGUGCACGUCCCACUGUGCCGAUGAACACACUUGAUCCUGAGGGUGUCAAUAAUCUCUUUCGGAGACUCUCGACACGCACCCGUCGAUCAAACACACAGCGCCACUCCAACUUUGUGGGACCAAGCGCUGACUCUGCUUCAUAUGUGGCGUUCGGCGAAGCAUCGCCGAAUUUCGCAUCACCUUAUAUGAACGCGUCUGAUUCCAAGUUUGUGACAGAGGCAGAUGUGACGUCUAAUAGCGCAGGCGUUGAAGCGACGUAUGAUCCCUUUGAUGAGAAACACAAAUUUGACUUGUCGUACCUGUUGCGAGAAGUGUAUCGUGAAAUGGCUGAGCGAGGCACCGAGCAGCGAUCCAUGGGUAUUGCAUUUCGCGACCUGCGUGUGACGGGAUACGGUACGGGCGCCCAACUCAAUGAGACGUUUGGCUCAUGUCUUAUGCUGCCUAUUCGCAUGAUCUCCAACAUCCGAGAAAUGAUGCACCGCCCCGUCAAAACCAUUCUGCAAGACAUUGAGGGAUGCGUCAAACCAGGUGAAAUGCUGCUCGUCUUGGGCCGCCCUGGUAGUGGGUGUACGUCCCUACUCAAGGCACUUGCGUCGUAUCGCGAUGGGUACCGCAGCGUGGACGGCACGAUCUUGUACGAAGGUCUAGAUCACCGCAGCAUCGACGGCCCACUGCGCGGCGAUGUGGUUUAUUCGCCCGAAGACGAUGUGCAUUUUCCAACGCUCACUGUGGGCCAGACGCUGCGCUUUGCCACUGCCACACGCGCGCCGAAUACCAAGUACCGCAUCACGCUCGGUGAGACAGGCGAUCGUCGAGAGUACGUCGACGGCACGCGCGAGGUCUUAGCCACCGUACUGGGCCUGCGACAUACCUACAAUACCAAGGUCGGAAACGACAUGAUCCGCGGUGUGUCGGGUGGUGAGCGAAAGCGUGUGAGUAUUGCCGAGACACUAGCCGCGCGUGCCAAAAUCGCGCUCUACGACAACUCUUCGCGAGGCUUAGAUGCAUCUACGGCUCUCGAGUUCGUCACAGCUCUACGCAUCCAGACCAACAUCGCCAACUGCACGACCAUCGCCUGCAUUUACCAGGCUGGUGAAAACAUCACGAAGCUGUUUGAUAAAGUGGCGCUUCUCAAUCAGGGUUACUUGGUGUACUUUGGCCCUGUGGCACUGGCCGUCGAGUAUUUCAAGUCGAUUGGUUUUGAGCCCCUCAAUCGUCAGACCACCGCCGAUUUUCUUGUCGCUUGCACGGACACGGGUGGUCAAAAUGUGAAUCCUCACUUCCCAGGUCCUGUUCCCCGCUCGCCCAAAGAACAAGCGCAAGCUUUCCGAGAUUCAUGGAUCGGCGCUGCCAACCGCACCGAAAUCGACAACUAUAUCGCUUCGAUGAUGGCUCGCCAGACGAAGCAAAAUGCGGACCAUUACGUGAACCUUGCGCGAGAUGAGCGAGCCAAAUACACUUUGCGAAGCAGUCGCUACCUGCUAUCGUGGCCCAUGCAAGUACAGCUGGCCCUCAGGCGCCGUGCACAGAUUGCCAUGGGUGAUAUGGGCACGCACAUUACUGUCGUGCUUGCUGCGCUAUUCCAGGCGCUCAUUAUUGGUUCCGUGUUCUUUCAGCUGCCGAAAAACUCAGCUGGCUUCUUCUCACGUGGUGGUGUAUUGUUCUUCUCGCUCCUGUACAAUUCCUUCACAGGCAUGUCGGAAAUCUCGCUGUGCUACGAGCAACGCCCCAUCGUGAUUCGUCAAAAGCGAUUUGCCAUGCUGCAUCCCUCCGCGGAUGCACUGAGCAAUACCAUCCUCGAUUUUCCCAUCCGUGCCGUCUCCAUCUUUGUGUUUGAUAUCAUUGUGUACUGGAUGACGGGUCUGAAUGCCGAUGCUGGCCGCUUUUUCACGUAUCUUGGUGUGACGGCUCUUGUCACGUACUGCAUGACUUCCUUUUUCCGCAUGAUCGCCUCGGCCACCAAGUCUGAGCCGUUAGCAACAACAUUCGGCGGUCUGGCUGUGCUUGACGUGGCGCUCUAUACCGGUUAUAUGAUCCCGCGCAAGUCGAUGAAGCCUUGGUGGAAGUGGCUCAACUAUUGCAAUCCCGUCGCGUUCGGGUUCGAGGUGCUUCUGGCGAACGAAUACCAUGACUCCUUAUUUGACUGUGAGCAGCUUGUGCCUGUUGUGCCUGGCCGGCAAAUUGACCUCGUGAACCAAGUGUGUCCUGUCAUGAGUGCUCAGCCAGGCGAGGCCAUGGUCAAUGGUGACAGGUAUUUGCGUGACAUGUACGACUUUUCGUGGGACAAUCGCGUACGCAACUCGAUGAUCAUCCUAGCCUUCUGGGUCUUUUUCAUCUUGUGUUUUCUGUACGCGUCCAACCACCAAAUCGAUCCAGCAGCGUUGGGUGGUGAGAUGCAAUUUGAGCGCUCUAAGGCGAAACACAUGAAGAACCUACCGUCAGCGAAUGACCAGGAAAAGGCGCUCGAAGAAGACGCACCUGCUGAGACGCAGGAUGCAGCUGAGCCGCCACCCACCAAGGGAGGUGGCCAUCUCAAAGUGUCUGACGCAGUGUUCAGUUGGGACAACAUCACGUACGAUGUCAUGAUCAAAGGCAAGCCUCGCCGUCUGUUGAAUCAUGUGUCGGGCUACGUCGCGCCGGGCAAGAUGACAGCCUUGAUGGGUGAGAGUGGUGCCGGUAAGACCACGCUUCUCAACGUCUUGGCCCAGCGCACCGAUGUGGGCGUCGUCGCAGGUGACUUUUUCGUCAACGGCAAGCCACUGCCGAAGUCGUUCCAAGCCGAUACUGGCUACUGUCAGCAGCAGGAUGUGCAUUUGGCGCAGCACACGGUGCGUGAAGCCCUGCAGUUCUCGGCAAUGCUUCGUCAGCCGCGUGAGACGCCGAAAGAAGAGCGUCUAGCGUAUGUGGAAACCGUCAUUGAGCUGUUGGAAAUGGAACAAUUCGCUGAUGCUAUUGUUGGCGAUGUGGGCCAAGGUCUAAACGUCGAGCAGCGCAAGCGACUGACGAUUGGCGUAGAGCUGGCAGCGAAGCCGAGUCUGCUGCUGUUCUUGGAUGAGCCGACGUCGGGUCUGGAUGCGCAGGCAGCAUGGUCAGUGGUGCGGUUCCUGAAGAAGCUGGCAUCGGAAGGACAGGCGAUUCUGUGUACGAUUCACCAGCCAAGCGGAGAACUGUUCAAUCAAUUUGAUCGACUUUUGCUGCUGCAGAAGGGAGGCCGGACGGCGUACUUUGGAGAUCUCGGACCGAACUCGAUGACACUGAUUCGAUACUUUGAAGAACGGAGUGGGGUCAAGUGUGGAGAGAAUGACAAUCCAGCCGAGUAUAUUUUAGACGUGAUCGGAGCCGGUGCGACAGCGACAACGGACAAGAACUGGCACGACCUGUUCUUGCAGAGCGAUCUCAACCGGCAGCUGCGCGAAGAACUGGCACAUAUUUAUGCUACGAAGCGUCAUGUACAAGACGAGACAUCCUUAACGUCGAUGCGAGAGUAUGCACAGCCGUUUAUCGUGCAGCUGUAUGAGGUCACAAAGCGAGCAUUUAUCGCGUACUGGCGCAAUCCUCUGUAUAUAUACACGAAGCUGAUGCUGAACUUUGUGUCUGGCCUGGGUGUGGGCUCGAGUUUCUACAAAGAGGGUGAGAAAAACUACUACAUUGCGUUGCAAAAUCGUCUGUUUGCAAGUUUCAUGGCUUUGGUCUCUGCCACGUCAUUGUCACAGCAUUUGCAGCCGGAGUUUAUCCGCUUCCGUGGUCUGUUUGAAGUACGUGAGAAGCCUUCCAAGAUGUACACUUGGCCCGUCAUGGUGCUGAGCGCCUUGAUUGUCGAGAUUCCAUGGAAUCUCUUCGGUGGUACGACGUACUGGCUGCCAUGGUACUAUCUGAUUCACUUCCCGACGGACAACAAGCAUGCAGGUUACAGCUGGGGGCUGUACAUGCUAUUCCAAAUUUACUACUGUACUUUUGCGCAGGCCAUGGCCGCCGUGAGUCCGAACGCCAUGAUUGCCUCGAUUUUGUUCUCUACAUUCUUUUCGUUUGUGGUGGUGUUCUGUGGUGUGGUGCAGCCGCCGAAUCAGAUGCCGUACUUUUGGCGCUCCUGGAUGUUCCAACUGAGCCCCUUUACGUGGAUCAUGGAGGGCAUUCUCGGCAACGCUGUGGGUGGUGCGCGUGUCGAGUGUGAUCCACAACAGGGAGAGAUGCAGACCAUCCGGCCCCCUGAGGGUAUGACGUGCGGAGAACACAUGGAGCCCUUCUCGUAUCGCUCUGGCCCGCAUGCGCCGCCAGGCAGCCAGGGCUACUAUGUCGAGGAGAAUGAUGGCACAUGUUCCUUCUGUCUGUACCGCUACGGCGAUGAUUACCUCUCUACGGUCCGAAUGGAUGCGGGCAACAAGUACCGAGACCUUGGUAUUAUUGUCGCCUACAUUGCAUUUAACACUGCCCUGCUCUUCCUACUGUUUUGGCUCUUCCGCAUCUACCGCUUUGGCAAGAACAAGAACGCCAAGAAAACCAAGACGGCGCCGUCCGGUCCCGAGGAACAGCUGCCCAUUCCCACGGGAGCCAUGCAAUUAGAGACGCCCGCGAUGGCCGUCAAUGUACCGCAUGCACUGGGCGCCAGUGUCACAAACAUGUUUGAUGCAGCACACCAUGACCACGAUGGAUCCAGACUAGCAUCGUCGUACAUCCACCCAGACCUGGUGACAUCCAAGACGCAGCUCAUGUCGGAAUCGCCCCUGCUUGACCAAGACGAGAUCGUGAGCACGCCCAUGUCUCACCCCCUCGAGCCACGCAAGCGGCACAAGUUCCCUCAUGAAGACUCGAUGUACAUGGAGACGGACGCGUAUGACUCGCCCGCCUUGCACAGCCCGCACGACGACUCGAGCAAUAUGGAGACAUGGCACACGUCAGCGGGGGCAGUGGCACCGUCUGGGCCGCCGAUCCUGCAACCGGAGGCGACUUCUGCACAGCCACGGCGUACGAUAUCGGGCAUUUCAUACUACUACCACUAG